AUGUCGGCCGCGAAGCAGAAAGCCCAACAGAUCAUCGACGACAACUCGGUGGUCGUGUUCUCCAAGUCGUACUGUCCCUACUGUCGAGCCAGCAAGAGUUUGUUGAACGAGAAGCAUGCCAAGUAUUUUUUGAUGGAGUUGGAUGAAGUCGAUGACGGCGCCGCGAUCCAAGAUGCGCUCGAGGAAAUAACCGGCCAACGUAGCGUGCCUAACAUCUUCAUCGCUCAGAAGCAUAUUGGUGGCAACUCGGAUCUGCAGAGCAAGAAGGGACAACUUGAUGAUCUGUUGAAGAGCGCGGGUGCUAUUUGA